AUGAAUCACCUCAAGGUUGGCACUCACAGAAACAACGCUGCAUCUUGCUGGCUUCUGAAGUUGAGUUUUCUCUGGCUUCUAAGUCAGAGCCCUUGCAGAGCCAGCGCGGUUUGGACUGCAUACAUGAACAUAUCAUUUCACGUUGGGAAUCGUGUGUUGUCAGAGUUAGGGGAGACCGGAGUGUUUGGAAGAAGCUCUGCCUUGAAGAGAGUAGUUGGAGUGAUUGUGCCACCAGAGGGGAAAAUUCAAAAUGCAUGUCAUCCCAAUAGCAGUUUCAACAGAUCGAAAACCUCAGAGGCGUGGCUUGCACUUGUGGAACGGGGAGGUUGUACCUUCACGCAGAAAAUCAAGGUGGCCACUGAGAAGGGGGCCAGUGGUGUCAUCAUCUAUAACUUUCCAGGAACUGGCAACCAGGUUUUCCCCAUGUCACAUCAGCCCUUUGAAGAUACUGUGGUGGUGAUGAUCGGUAACUUAAAAGGCACAGAGAUUCUGCAUUUAAUUCGGAAGGGUGUUCGCGUGACGGUCAUGAUUGAGGUGGGGAGAAGACACAUCAUCUGGAUGAAUCACUAUUUUGUCUCUUUUGUGAUUGUCACAACUGCUACCUUAGCAUAUUUCAUCUUCUACCAUAUUCGAAGACUUUGGGUAGCAAGGAUUCAGAACAGGAGAUGGCAGCGAUUGACAGUAGAUCUCAAGAAAGCAUUUGGGCAGCUCCAGCUUCGGGUGCUGAAAGAAGGGGAUGUGGAGGUAAAUCCCAAUGGAGAUAGCUGUGUUGUUUGCUUUGAGCUCUACAAGCCUAAUGAUAUAGUUCGCAUUCUGACUUGUAAACAUUUUUUCCACAAGAAUUGCAUUGACCCCUGGAUUUUAGCACAUGGGACAUGUCCUAUGUGCAAAUGUGACAUUCUUAAAGCUUUGGGGAUUAAAGUGGAUAUUGAAAACGGAACCGAACCUUUGCAAGUUCUAAUGUCGAAUGAAUUACCUGGAACCCUGUUGGCUAGUGAAGAGGGGACAAAUCAUGAUCUUCCUCCUGCAGAAAGAGAUGAUAAAGUGACUCAUUUGGAGGAGGAGGAGCAGCAGACUUCUCAGGCUUACAACCAGCCUAAUUCAGUAGCAGAAGUUCAUCCUUCACCUCGACAGCAUGACCUUUGA